AUGUCGGACGGAGAAGAGCCCACCUCCCCCGUCGCCGCUGCCGAUGAAGUCGAAGUCUCCGGAGAUGCCGGUGCAUCUUCUGGAUCUAUGUCUGUCCUCGAUGCCCUGAAAGGUGUACUCAAACUCGCACUCAUCCAUGAUGGUCUCGCCCGUGGUCUGCGCGAAGCAUCCAAGGCUCUCGAUCGUCGUCAAGCGCACAUGUGUGUCCUCAACGAGGCAUGCGAAGAAGAAGCCUACAAGAAACUCGUCAUCGCUCUGUGCUCUGAGCACAAGAUCCCUCUCAUCAAAGUUCCCGACGGGAAGCUCCUUGGCGAGUGGGCCGGUCUCUGCGUGCUCGAUCGUGAGGGCAAUGCCCGUAAGGUCGUCAACUGCUCUUGCGUUGUUGUCCGAGACUGGGGUGAGGAGAGCCAAGAGCGCAAUGUCCUCCUCAACUACUUCCAAACCGAGCAGUAG